UCUCUAUUGACAAGAACUGUUAAUUCUCUACAUUCAUUUACUCAAUACUUCCACAAGAUCAAGAGAGGUUAUCAAGAUCUUUAGAAAAAAUAAUAAUCUUUCUUCCUUUACUAGAGACUACCAGUGACUAUAGUUCUGUAGUCCAGCUACUCUUUCUAUCUAGCAAAGAAAUCGGUCUUGUCAAUACCACACCCAAAGUCAACAUCGCUUUCUUCAACAACCGCAAAUUCCACCUGCGAUCAACAAAACCCCCAGUUGAAUUUCUUCAACCACCUUUACGCACAUCAAGAAACAAUUAUACUGUGAAGAGAUAGAAAUAACUCUUUGACAGUAAUACAAAUACUUCAAAAACACCUUUAUACUCUUGGGAAAUUGCAAAGAUGGACGUUGGUUCUGUCUUGCUCAAUUCCUUGGCGGCAGGUCGGUACUUCCCCUCCACCCACCACAUUUGUCUCAAAGGUGAACGGACUCUUAAAUAUCACUAUAUUAACUAUCAAUAGACAAUGCUACCCGUAUUGCUGCUGAACAGCAGCUCACCCAAGCUGCCGAAGCAAACUUUGUGAGUUCCCCACACAGCCUUGACCGCACCAUCGAUGAGUUUCCAUGACCUUCUUUACUGACAUUUCCUUCCUUCAACGUAGUCAGGAUAUCUCGUCACGCUUGUAGAACAGUUAGCAAAUGAAGAAGCACAAGGCUCCGUCCGAGCUGCUGCUGGUAUCGCCCUCAAAAACGCCUUCACAGCCCGCGAAUAUGCCCUGCAACGCGAGUUACAAGAUAAAUGGCUACAGGUCGAACCAGAGACUAGGAAGCGUGUGAAGGACCUAACUCUUCAAGCUCUAUCCUCAAACAAUAAUCAAGCCGGUCAAACAGCUGCACAAGUUAUAUCCUCGAUAGCAACCAUCGAACUGCCUAGGGAUCAAUGGCCAGAACUUAUGCCCGCUUUGGUGCGAAAUGUGGGAGAGGGUAGCGACCAUCUCAAGCAGGCUUCCUUGACUACUUUGGGAUUUAUUUGCGAGACUCAGGAUGCGGAACUGAGACAGAGCCUCGUACAGCAUUCUAAUGCUAUCUUGACAGCAGUCGUCCAAGGUGCCCGAAAGGAAGAACCAAAUUUGGAAGUACGACUAGCAGCUAUCGAUGCUCUUGGCAACUCGUUGGAGUUUGUGGAUAGCAACUUCAAGAAUGAGGGAGAGCGGAACUAUAUCAUGCAGGUCAUCUGCGAGGCCACACAAGCUACCGAUUCAAGGAUACAGCAGGGUGCUUUUGGAUGUCUCAACAGAAUCAUGUCUUUGUACUAUGACUUGAUGCGCUUUUACAUGGAGAAGGCCCUCUUUGGACUUACGAUUAUGGGAAUGAAGAGCGAAGAGGAAGAUGUAGCUAAGCUUGCCGUUGAAUUCUGGAGCACAGUCUGUGAGGAGGAGAUCGCCAUUGAGGAUGACAAUGCCCAGGUAAGAUUAUAAGACCUCAGAUACCCUAAAGGAGUUACACUGACAAUACGACAGGUUGAAGAAGUUUCUUUGAUGCGACCGUUUUACAAUUUUAGCAAGGUUGCAACUAAUGAGGUUGUUCCCGUUCUUUUGAUGCUUUUGACAAAGCAGGAUGAAGAUGCUGCUGAUGAUGAAUACAACAUCUCCCGUGCCGCAUACCAAUGCUUACAACUUUACUCACAAGCAGUUGGUGGUUUAGUUAUCCAACCUGUUUUGAGCUUUGUUGAACAAAAGCUUCGUGGAGAGGAUUGGCAUGAUCGUGAUGCUGCUGUCUCCGCUUUCGGCGCCAUUAUGGAAGGACCGGACGAGAAAACACUUGAGCCAAUCGUCAAACAAGCACUUCCUGUUAUCAUUAGCAUGAUGGAUGAUAAAUCCAUUCAUGUUAAGGACUCGGCAGCCUAUGCUCUUGGUCGUAUUACUGAAGCUUGCUCAGAGGCUAUCGACCCAGCUACUCACUUGCCAAAGUUGAUCGCAUCUUUGUUCGAAGGUCUCAUCAGCAGUCCUAAGAUGGCAGGCUCAUGCUGUUGGGCUUUAAUGAACCUUGCUGAGCGCUUCUCUGGAGAUAUUGGAUGCCAGGAAAACCCUAUCUCACCGCAUUUCAACGAGAGCAUCUCGAGACUUCUUCAAGUUACCGAGAGACCCGACGCUGAUAACGCAUUAAGAACAGCCGCAUAUGAAGUCCUUAACACCUUCGUCAUGAAUGCUGCCAAUGACAGUCUUCCAUCUGUCGGUGAACUCUCUGAGGUUAUAAUCAAGAGACUAGAAAGUACUCUUCCUCUUCAGUCUCAAGUUGUCAGCGUGGAAGACAGAAUCACUCUCGAGGAGAUCCAAGUCAGCUUGUCGACCGUCUUGCUGGCUAUCAUUCAACGUCUCGAGAAAGAGGUUACUCCUCAAGCUGACCGAAUCAUGACCAUUUUACUUCAAAUUCUCAGCGCAUGUGGACCUAAAUCGAGCGUUCCUGAUGCAGUCUUCGCCACUGUCAGCAGUCUGGCGAAUGCUCUCGAGGAAGGUUUCGCGAACUACAUGGAGGCUUUCGCCCCAUUCCUUUACAAUGCUCUUGGUAAUCAGGAAGAGCCAAGCUUGUGCUCCAUGGCCAUCGGUCUCGUUAGUGAUAUUACCCGCUCAAUGGGCCCACCAUGCCAACCAUAUUGCGACACAUUUAUGAACUAUUUAUUGAACAAUUUGAGGGUAUGUUUUCUAAAGAUAUCGAUCCUGCCUUUCAUGGAUUGGGGAAUACCACCAUGCCCUAACCCCGUCAAAUUCAUGUCGAAUCUAACAAAUCAACAGAGUACAGCACUUGCCAACCAAUUCAAGCCUGCCAUUCUCCAAUGUUUUGGAGAUAUCGCAGGUGCUAUUGGUGGCCACUUUGAGACUUACUUGUCUGUCGUUGCUCAAGUUCUUCAACAAGCAGCUGGUGUUCAAGCUAGUCCCGAUGGAUCCUAUGAGAUGUUUGAUUAUGUCAUCUCUCUGAGGGAAGGCAUUAUGGACGCUUGGGGUGGUAUCAUUGGUGCCAUGAAGAUGGAUAACAAGAGUAAGUCACUAGAUCGAUGUCGUGAAAUGAUAGCACUAAUAUAAUGCAGAUGAUCUGCUCCGCCCUUACGUUGAAUCGAUCUUUGGCCUUCUUAACACCAUCUGGGUCGAUCAACACCGAAGUGAUGCGCUUAUGAGAUCAGCUAUGGGUGUCAUUGGGUAUGUGCUCAUCACUAUAUGCCUUCUUCUCUCACGUACACUAACCGUCCUAGUGAUCUUGCUGAUGCUUUCCCUAAUGGAGAGUAUUCUUCAUAUUACCGUGCCGAUUGGGUCAUGUCAAUGAUCAAGGAGACCAAGUCGAACAGAGAAUUCCAAACUAGAACCAUCGAUACCGCACGAUGGGCUCGCGAGCAAGUCAAGCGUCAAACUGGUGGUAGCGCAGGAACUAUUCAAACUUGAUAAAAAAUUUCGACGGUCAAAGGCGUCCUUAUACACCUUUCAAUGUCGGUUCCUACGCCGACGCAUGAAUCCCCGAUAGAGCUCAACCAAUAUCUAUCUUAUUCUUUUCUUAUGAUUUCUCUCUUUUUUUUUUAACAACGUCUGGCCAUUACUGAGGAGUAUUGUCCUCGGCUAACGUUGGUCUCUUUGUUCCAUCGGCGUUUUUUACAUCGCAUCGAAUCCGCAGGACCUGUCUGCCCAUUCGUUCGUCUAUUGAUAAUCGAAAGGGCCCUGUUCCAUAAUUACACUUACCUCUACCGACAACGGAAAAUCAUAUCACCCGAUAUGAUAGAGGAGGAACUGUCGAUCCCCACACCCCAUUUGUUCAGCACCGACAUUACCAUAGCACUAUCAACACAUUACUUUGUAUUAAUAGAUCCCCUUAUCACCAACACAGCAACUUUGUCCCCUUACCUCGCGCCAAUACCCCUUACACCAUCACGUUUCUGUCGCACUUUUUCUGCUGGUUUUGAGCGAAGAAUGCAUGCCGGGUCUUCAAUUUUCUUUUAUGUUCUGAUGGAUGACGAUACUGACGAUGGGAUGGACGACAUGCACAAUAUGACGUGGUUGGUAGAUGGAUCAAUUGUUUUCACCGCGAAAAUCUUGUAUUUGGAGUGGGAGGUUGGGUGGUUGGAUUGAUGGGGUAAAGGGAAUGAAUGGGCGGAUGCCGGACGCAAUGAACGGACGGAAUGGCCGGUGGGCGGAGGAAGGAAGGAGGAGUUUUAUAAUAUGUAAAGCUUUGGCAAUGAUCGACCGAUUUGGGUCCUUUGUCUUAGUGAUGAGCUUUUGACCAUCAUCAUCAUAGGAGGAAAUAUGCAGAAGGCAUGCCCGGGGUUGGGUAUAUGAGAUGGUGGAGGAAGAGAUGGGAAUCAAGUGAUUCGAAUGAUGGCUAUUUCCUCAGUGAGUUGACUUAGUUGAGCGACCACUCCAAACUGAAGGAA